AUCUUCCUAUUUAGGAUCAAUUUUUUCUUAUACAAAUGGUGCAGGAUAUAUGCUUUAAUAAUCGCAGUUUCUAAAGAUUUUUUCCACGAUAGAGAGAAUCGAUUAACAGAAUCUUGAAAGUACAAAUGAAAAUAUAAGGAUCAGUGAAUUACCCUCGACCAAGCUAGGGUUUGACAGAAGACGGAUCUUUAGGUGUCCGCUUGGUGCGAUGGACCACUACGCGCAGUGGAACCUAAGAACACCGAUCGUGGCGGUGCAAUGCCGUCGGCGUUACGAAUCGGCAGUAAACAGAACACCGUUUCAAUGCUGUUUGAUCUCGAUCCAACAUCAGAUCUGUCCUCCAGGCCCACACCAGUCGGCUCCACCGGGGCGCUGAUCCGAGCCUGGAACAUGGAUCUAAGGUCCCCAGCGCUGGAUCAGGCCGAAAAGUCGUCAAGGUUAUCCCAAAUUUUUUGGCUCGAACGUCAGAUUUGCGCUAUUGCAGAACUGUCCCGCAAAGAGAACGUCGGCUGGCCCCUUCGAUCGGACGGUGAUGACAUGAACGGCGGGAGGGAAAGGGGAAAGGAUAGAGAGAGAACAGAGAGAAGGGAAACGAAUGUUGGCCUAGAUUUUCAGAUGAAAUAGAAGAAAAAUAUUUGGGUACUGGGUUUGAGGUCCUUAAGUUAUAAUAAAUCACAAAUUUUUAC